UUAGUUUAGUUGCAUGAAAGUUGUCAUUGGAGUUAAACUGAUUUUUAAAGGCGCGGGAAAAUCUGUUGAUCUUUUUUAGUACCUUGUUAUUUAUAUAAAUUAUAGUGAAUUAUUAUCAUGACAUUGGCAAUAGAAUUAGCUACAUGGGAUAACCCCAUUUUUAAAUCCUAUGUCUAUUGGACUGGAAUAUUGUGCUUAAAAAUGUUGGCGAUGUCAGCCCUUACAGGACUAACAAGGUUUGCAAGAAUGACUUUUGCCAAUCCUGAAGAUGCAAUUUUCAGUAAAUCUAAAGUUAAAUACGAUGAUCAACGAAUUGAACGUUGUCGAAGAGCACAUCUAAAUGACAUGGAAAAUAUUUUAGUAUUCAUUCCAAUUGGAUUUCUUUACGUAUUGAUAAAUCCAUCAGCAUUUUUGGCUAUCAAUUUAUUUAGACUUGUUGGAAUUGGACGAAUUAUACAUACAAUUGUUUAUGCAGUUUUUGUGACACCACAACCAUCACGAUUAUUGGCAUGGAUUUUUCCAUAUUUAGCUACUGGAUUUAUGGCAUUGGAAGUUAUUCUUAAGGCUGCGUUCACAUUACCUAUUCGGAUCUAUUUGUUUGUAGCGAAACUAAAAAAAAACACAAUGUCCGCCGACGAAUUAAUUUCAUUUGAAAAUCCUGUGUUCAAAACAUUUGCCUUUUGGGGUGGAGCAUUAGCAUUAAAAAUGUUGGCUAUGUCAAUUUUGACAGCAAUUCAACGAAUGAAAACCAAGACUUUUCCAAAUCCUGAAGAUGCUGUUUUAAGCAAAGUCAAGGUUAAGUUUGAUGAUCCCGAUGUUGAACGAGUUAGAAGAGCACAUCGCAAUGAUAUGGAAAAUAUUUUCGUAUUCUUCCUAGUUGGAUUGUUAUAUGUGCUGACAGAUCCAUCAGCUUUCUUGGCUAACAACUUAUUCCGUGCAGUAGGAAUUGGUCGAAUUGUACAUACAGUUGUUUAUGUAAAAGCCGUACCUCAACCAGCCCGUGCUCUUGCUUGGGGGAUUCCAUAUGUAGCAACUGGAUACAUGGCCUUACAAGUUAUGAUUGGAGCUUUUUAAUUAAGUUUAUAAAUUAUUUUAAUACAAAAUUUUAUUUUGUUGAAAUGAAGAUGUGUCUAAUAAAGGGAAGAAUAAAGGUGCUUAGUUUUAUACCAAUAAAAUAAAAGAACUCCAACAAGUUGUGGGCUAAUUUUUUGAUUCAUA